AUGGCUGAGACUCAGGCUCAGACCCCCGAGGUUGACUACACCCUCAACAACCCCGACACCUUGACCAAGUACAAGACUGCCGCUCAGAUCUCUCACAAAGUCCUCGAGGGUGUCACAGCACUAUGUGUGGAGGGAGCCAAGAUCGUUGAGAUCUGCCAGAAGGGUGACGAGCUGCUCGAUGAAGAAAUUGCCAAGGUCUACAAGGGCAAGAAGAUCGCCAAGGGUAUCUCCCACCCGACAACCGUCUCUCCCAGCUCCUAUGUGACCCCAUACACCCCGUUGGUGUCGGACGCACAAGAGGCCGAAACCGUCCUCAAGGUCGGUGAGAUCGCCAAGAUCCAGCUCGGUGCCCAGAUCGAUGGCUUCGGAACCAUUGUUUGCGACAUGGUCGUUGUCGCUUCCGCGACUGCCACCAAGGACGUUGUGACCGGCCGCGAGGCCGACCUCAUCCAUGCUACUCACUACGCCAACGAGCUUCUGCUGAGACUCAUGGUUCCCCCUGGUCUCUUGGCUGGUGGUUCCGAAGAAGAGAAGAAGAAGGCUGCUUCUGAGAAGGCUCCCACCCAGACCCAGAUCAUCCAGCUGGUUGAGAAGGUCGCCAAGGCCUACGGCGUCAAUGUCGUUGAGGACACCACCAGUUGGUUGUUCAACCGCAACGAGAUUGAGGGUGAGAAGAAGAUCAUCCUGUCUCCCAGCGCCAACAGCACCAAGGGUGACGGUGUUCCCGAGGUUGGUGAAGUCUGGGGUGUUGAGAUGGGUCUUUCCCUGGGAUCCGGCAAGGUCAAGACCUUGCCCCACCGUGCUACCCUGCACCGUCGUACAACCACCACCUACAUCCUCAAGCGCCCCAGCUCCAGACAGACUCUGUCUGAGAUCGUCAAGAAGUUCGGUCAAUUCCCCUUCAGCUUGCGCCAGCUUGAUGACGAGAAGUCCGCCAAGGUCGGUGUGGUCGAGUGUGUCCGUAACGGUGUUUUGAGACAGUACGAGCCCGCCGGUGAUGCCGAUAAUGCUCAGGUCUCCCGUCUGUUGACUACCAUUGCCAUCACCAAGAACGGUAUCACGAAGCUCGCUGCUCCCGUCACCCCCGACUUGUCGCAGUUCCAGACCGACAAGAAGAUCGAGGAUGAGGAGAUCCUGAAGAUUCUUGAGCGCCCUUUGGCCAAGUCGACUGGCUCCAAGGCUAACAAGAACAAGAAGAAGAAGAAGACCACCACUGAGGCUUAA